AUGAACCUGUCCUCACCAGCCUCCGUAUCCUCCGCGCCGCGCACGCUGGGAGGGCCCCACCUGGGGAAGCUUAUCGGGUCCCACCCCCAAAUCCAGCUCCAUCUUCCCAACAGUAACCCCCAGAAGCCGGCGUUUCUCUGCGCCGCCGCGAAGAGCGGCUCCACGGUGAUACAGCAAGAAAUCGGCGAGUCUGGAUCGGGGUUGAGCCGGAUUGAGUCUCUGAGUCAAGUCUCCGGCGUUCUUGGGUGUCAGUGGGGGGACGAAGGUAAAGGAAAGCUGGUGGAUAUUCUCGCCAAGCACUUCGAUAUCGUGGCUCGUUGUCAGGGUGGAGCUAACGCUGGACACACAAUCUAUAACUCCGAAGGCAAGAAGUUUGCUCUCCACCUUGUUCCCUCAGGCAUCCUUAACGAGGAAACUAUUUGUGUAAUCGGUAAUGGAGUUGUCGUGCAUCUACCUGGUUUUUUUGAUGAAAUCGAUAAACUCGAAGCCAACGGCGUUUCGUGCAAAGGGAGGAUCUUGGUUUCGGACCGUGCUCACCUGUUGUUCGAUCUCCAUCAGAUUGUGGACGGGCUUAGGGAAGCGGAGCUUGCGAAAUCAUUCAUCGGCACCACCAGGCGUGGCAUCGGGCCUUGCUACUCGAGCAAAGUUAUACGGAAUGGGAUAAGAGUGAGUGACUUGAGGCAUAUGGACACUUUCCCUCAGAAGCUCGAUGUUUUGUUAUCUGACGCUGCAUCGAGAUUCCGAGGUUUUGACUAUAGCCCUGAAGUGCUGAGGGAUGAGGUCGAGAGAUACAAGGGUCUUGCGGAUAAAUUGGAGCCGUUUAUUACAGACACUGUGCAUUUCAUGAAUGAUGCUAUAUCUCGGAAGAAGAAGAUUUUGGUAGAAGGUGGCCAGGCUACUAUGCUGGAUAUUGACUUUGGGACGUACCCUUUUGUAACAUCGUCUAGUCCGUCUGCUGGAGGAAUUUGCACAGGCCUUGGUAUUGCUCCAAGAGAUCUUGGUGAUCUUGUUGGUGUGGUCAAAGCAUAUACUACUCGAGUCGGUUCGGGUCCUUUCCCUACAGAAAUCUUGGGUAAAGGGGGUGACCUGCUUAGGUUCGCCGGGCAGGAGUUUGGCACAACUACUGGACGUCCUCGUCGUUGUGGAUGGCUCGAUAUAGUUGCACUGAAAUAUUGUUGUCAAAUAAACGGAUUCUCAUCUCUGAACCUCACCAAACUUGACGUGCUGUCAGAUUUCGAGGAAAUUCAAUUGGGUGUUUCGUAUAAGACGAUUGAUGGUACUCCAAUCCACUCAUUCCCUGCUGACCUUCGUCUUCUCGAAGACAUCAAGGUCGAGUAUGAGGUUAUGCCUGGGUGGCAGAGCGACAUUUCUUCCAUAAGGGACUACUCUGAGCUGCCAAAAGCGGCACGUAAUUAUGUCGAGAGGAUAGAACAACUUGUCGGUGUACCCGUUCACUACAUAGGAGUGGGGCCGGGACGGGACGCCCUUAUAUACAAAUAA